GGCCCCGGCCUGCAGCCGUGUGCUCGGUGUUCCAGGGGCCCGUGACCUUCCGGGACGUGGCGUGGACUUCACCCCCGAGGAGUGGGGACGGCUGGGCCCGGCUCAGAGGCAGCUCUACCGGGACGUGAUGUUGGAGACCUACUGGAACCUGGUCUCCCUGGGUGAGGCGGCCCCCCAAUCACCCCCAUCACCACCCUCCCCACUGCAUCGGUUUGGGGACUCAGGAAUACUAUGGAGGGCUGAGGGGGGAGGGAGGUCAGGAACGAGAGGGGGCAGUGCCAGGAGCAAGGUCCUCCUGAUGGCAGCCAGAGGCUGCCCGCUGCCCGGGCUGGGCCUGGCCAUUCAGCCUCCCAGUACCAGCGGCCACGGCCGUUUUGUCUCCCCAAGCAGGGAUCUCAGCUUCUGACCCUGACAGGGCUCGGCUUUUGGCACCAGGGGACACGCUGUGUGUUGUGGAAGGAGCUGAGGGGAGGACAGGGUCUGAGGCCUUGGGCCCGAAGCAGGACGCCUCCCAAGACUCGUGCCGUGGAGCGAGGCUGCAGAGAUCAGACAGGCGCAGCGGGCCAAGAAAGGCCUUGACGGCCAGGGGCGGCUUGGAGGGCGAGCCGUUGGGCCAGGACGGGCCGAUGGCGGAAGCGAUCCUCUCCGAGGACACGCCGGCGAGGGCCAUGGGUCCCAUCUUGCCCGCGAGGGAGAGCCUUCCCGAGUGGGACGCCCAUAGGAACUUCCCCCAGAACAAGGGGAGCAAGGCCUUCGCGCCCCGCUCAAACCUAACCGGGGCCGUCUCUGAACAGAAACCGUUUCGUUGGGAUAAUGAGUCGGGGAAGCCUUUGGGUGGCCGCCCAGGCCGGAUUCCUCCUGAGAAAACGCUCCCACAGGGGCGAGUCCCUUCGUGCGGUGAAUGUGGGAAAGAGUUCCAUCACAACUCGCACUUGGCCCAACACCAGAGAGUUCACGCUGGAGAAAGCCCAAGGGAGACCAGAAAGUCGUUCAGCCCGCGCCCGGCCCGCGCCCCGCCGGGUUCCGGAGAGAAGCCCUACGAGUGCGGCGAAUGCGGCAAAGCUUUCGGCCGCAGCGUCUACCUGGCGGAGCACCAGAGGACGCACACGGGGGAGAAGCCCUACGCCUGCGAUCGCUGCGGCAGAGCCUUCAGCCAGAGCGCGCCCCUGGCCAAGCACCGGCGGACCCACACCGGGGAGAAGCCCUACGCCUGCGCCGAGUGCGGGAGAGGCUUCGGCUGCCGCUCCACCCUCGUCCAACACCGCAGGACCCACACCGGGGAGAAGCCCUACGCCUGCGGCGAAUGCGGCAAAGCCUUCAGCCAGAGGACCCACCUCAUCCAGCACCGGCGCAUCCACACGGGGGAGAGGCCCUACGCCUGCCGGGAGUGCGGCAAGGCCUUCACCGAGAGCUCGGCCCUCAUCCAGCACCGGCGCAUCCACACCGGGGAGAAGCCCUACGAGUGCCGGGAGUGCGGCAAGGCCUUCCGGCGCAGGACCCACUUCACGCAGCACCAGCGCAUCCACACCGGAGAGAAGAUCUACGAGUGCCGGGAGUGCGGGAAGGCCUUCAACCAGAUCGCGCAGCUCACCCGGCACCAGCGCGUCCACACCGGGGAGAGGCCCUACGCGUGCGGGGACUGUGGGAAAGCCUUCAGCCAGAGCUCGUCCCUGACCAAACACCGGCGGACCCACACCGGGGAGAGGCCCUAUGCGUGCCCCGAGUGCGGGAAAGCCUUCAGCGACUCCUCGGUGCUCAUCGUGCACCAGCGCAUCCACACCGGGGAGAGGCCCUACAAGUGUCCCCAGUGUGGCAAGGCCUUCACCCAGAGCAUUUACCUGAACAAGCAUCGGAUCGUGCACUCGGGAGAGAAGCCCUACGCCUGCGGGGAUUGCGGGAAGACCUUUAGCCAGAGCAAGUAUCUCGCCCAGCAUCGGAGGAUCCACACCGGGGAGAAGCCCUUCGAGUGCCCCGAGUGUGGGAAAGCCUUCACUUACUGCUCCGCCCUCAGCCGGCACCAGAGGAUCCACGCUGGGAACCGGCCCUACGGGUGCGAGGAGUGCGGGAAGGGCUUCCGGGUCCUGUCGGCCUUCCUCACCCAUCGAGGGCUCCACGCUGCCGCCCAGCUCUGAGGGCCGCCCCGGAGGCGGGCCUAGGACAGGAGCUACCCCGGCUCCUCUGCUUGUGGAUGGGCGAUCCCUGCCCCAGACCGUCCUGCCCUGCCCCGCCCCACUUCCCCCACAGUGGGACCUUCCUCCCUGCCAGCGGGGCCAGCGGCCUUCUCUGGGCAGCUGGGCCAGAGCCUUUGGUCCCGGCUUUAGGACCCCUCCCAUCAUUUCUUUCCCCUCUAUAAAAAUAUCCGGCUUGGGAAAGAGACACGGCUGAGAGAAUCUGGGGCCUCCUCUCUGACUCUGCUUUUCUCCUGCCCAGGGCAGGCCCGUUGCCUUGCUGUGGCUCCAAACUCUGGAGUGUGUGGGGGAGGCCAGGGCUCCGGAGGCAGCCCCUCUCCCAUCUGUGAGUUCUGAUACUCCUCUGUCCCCUGGGGUGCUCUGAGACUCCCAGAGGACCCUUGGGGAGCAGGGAAGAGCCUGUGGACACACAGCUUGGAAGCCUCUGGGACUUGCCCCCCACUUGGUGAUACCUGGAGCUCCUCAGGGCUGGGCCCCUCUCCAGGGAUACAGGCCCAUCAGUUCCCACCUCUGCUGCCUCCAUGGAGGGUGGGCCCCCAAAGCCCCAGGUUAAAAGCUCCAAGACAUCCCGGGACUUGGGGCUGCCCGUGGCCCACAGCAUUUCCAGCGCAGAAGGGGUCCCAAGAAGGGGUCCCCCUGCAGCUCAUCCAUCAAGCGGUCCCUUGUCUGGCCUUUACCCAGAAACCCCUGUGAGCGGCCAUCAGAGCCUCUCUGGGACUGGGACCUACCCUCCUUACCUUCUCUCCCCCUUUUUAAAAUUUUAUUUUCUGGUUA